AAAAUGCUGCCAAAAUUAACGAAAUUCGCAAAAAUAAUGAUAUUCCUUAUAAUAUUUUCGAUUGUAUUAUUCGUUCGAUCGUUCAAACCACUAACAAAAGAGGAACAAAUAAGCAAAUUCAAUAAAAUGAACGAUGAAGUUGAACCUUUUAGGAAAAAUUUAACCGAAUGCGCUCAUCAAGUGAAAGCAUCGCCGAUUGAUGUCGAGAACUUCUUGAAACGGAUACCGCAAUCAACAAUGCAGGGUAAGUGCUUCGUCGCGUGUAUUUUAAAACGGAACUCCAUAAUAAAGAACAAUAAGAUCGUCCAGGACAAUCUUUUAGAAGCAAAUAAAGCCGUUUAUGGAGAAGACAGCGAAGUAAUUUCAAGGCUCAAGACAGCUACAGUGGAAUGUAAUCGUGUUAUUGAAGGUAUUUUUGAAAUAUGUGAAUAUGCUUCUGUAUUUAAUGACUGUAUGCAUAUGAAAAUGGAGCAUAUCCUUGAUAAAGUUACGAUGGACCGGCGGAUGGAGGCGUUAGGACAAAUGACGACAGAUCCUGAUAUUUGGACGGACGAAGAAGAUGAAAUACUGAAAUUGGUUAGGGAUGAACUUUGAUUUAGCUAGUAUUGUAGAUAAAUU